UAACAGCUUUAAAUGUCUUGAUCUAUCUAUCAGCCGCCAAAGUUUAGCGACAUUAGACGUUGUUGUGGUUUGGACAGGUGAACAUAAAGAAAAAGGGAGAAUAUUCUUUUAUAAGCCUAAUAAAUAAAAUCACUAAUGAAAGGGACAAACUUUUAAUCCCAGAACAUGUUUUUAUCACCAACAAUUUCCAAUCCCCAAGAGUACCUAGAAGAAGCACUUGUGUUCUUGAAAAAGUACCGUUGGAUAUACACCACAAAGAAUACAAGGAUACUUUGCGAUCGUGUUUUAGACAAUAUUCCCAAUGAAUGGAUUGCUUAUUUUGCUACUGCUAAUCACCAAAAUAUCCUAGACAUUUUAUCUAGAGGAACUAAUGAUAGUUUAAGAAUGUUUUUUGAUGAUCUGCAUCAACUAAAACUUAAUAGCGAAGAGUUUAAUAAAACUGAGCCGCCUGUAUUUAGAUACAUAGGAAUUAGCGAUAAGAAAAUGCAUGAAAUAUUUUUGUUAGCUCCUGUAGUAGAUGAAUUGUGCAGAAAGACGAAUUGUGAUUUGGUUGUUGACAUCGGAUCAGGCUCGGUGAGUUUAUUUUUUAGAUAUAGAUUUAUUUUAGAUUAA